GCGAUUUAUUUGAAUGAUUAUUUGGGCCCAGCUUUGAAGGAAUCACGCUUUAAAAAUGUUUUAAUAUUUGGCAAUGAUGAUCAGCGUUACUCAUAUCCCGCAUGGUUUAAAACGAUGAAUUCCUCGCGACCCGGUUCUCUCAACUAUCUUGAUGGUUUAGCCGUACACUGGUAUUGGGAUGAUUUAUUUGGACCAGCUAUAGAUAAAACUUUACAAUUAAUGCCCAACAAAUUACUAUUAAAUACUGAAGCCUGUGUGGGUGAUAAACCUUGGCAAACUCGUGGACCUGAGUUGGGUUCAUGGGAAAGAGGUGAACAGUAUAUACGUUCUAUACUACAAGAUUUACAGCAUAAUUUUAAUGGUUGGAUUGAUUGGAAUCUAAUGUUGGAUGAGCGGGGAGGACCCAACUAUGUUAAUAAUACCGUUGAUGCUCCCAUAAUUUUAAAUACUGAGAACAAUUCUGAAUUUUAUAAACAACCCUUAUUCUAUGGCAUGGGACACUUUUCGAAAUUUAUUAGCGAAAAUUCUCAACGUAUUGAAGUGAAAUUGUCAUCUAUACAAAAUUCAAUUGAUGCGGUUGGAUUUAAAAGACCGGAUAAUAAAAUUGUUUUAAUAAUAUAUAAUAGUGCUGCUAUUCCCCAGGAUAUUAACCUAAAUGAUAGUGUACGUGGUAUGCUUACCAUAAAUGUGCCAGCUCGUUCAAUACACACCAUUGUUUACAUGUAGUAAAAAAUUUUAUAAAUUUUAGUUUCAUUUUAUAAAAAAUUAGUUUAUAAA